CACCCAUCCCACCCACCGCAACUCACAGCUAUAUAAUCCCCCGUCACUCGCUCCCCCCAAACAGCCUUUCCUCUCAUCCUCCUUUAACCUUCGUUUUCUGCGCUCCAGCUUGUCACCCAGCUAAAACCCAAAAACCCCACACAUCACCACAAUGAAGUUCGCUGCCCUCGCCGCCCUCGCCGUCGCCGCUGUUGGUGUCAACGCCCAGGUUGACCCCUCGACCAUCAACCAGUGCAUCGUCACCUGCAUCACCAACGCCCUCCCCGGCCUUGGCUGCUCGGCCCUCACCGACGUUUCGUGCAUCUGCGCCGCCACUGGCCUCACCGCCGCCGUCGCCCCCUGCAUUGCCUCGAACUGCCCCGACCAGGUCGCGGCCGCCCUCGCCCUCCAGGGCCAGCUCUGCUCGGGUGCCAGCGGCAGCGGCGGCAGCGCCGCCCCCUCGGCUACCGAGUCCGCCGCUCCUUCGGCUGACGCCUCGGGCGCCUCCGCCUCCGUCUCGGAGGCCGUUGCCUCUGCCUCGACCUCGGUUUCGGAGGCCGUCGCCUCUGCCUCUGCCUCCGUCUCGGGCGCCGUCGCCUCCGCCUCUGCCUCGCACGCCUCGGCUUCGGGUGCCUCGGCCUCGCACUCCGCCUCCGCUUCGGGCGCUUCGGCCUCGGGCGCUUCGGCUUCGCACUCCGUCUCGUCGGCUGUUGCCUCGCCUUCGGCCUCCAAGCCCUCGUCGGCUGGCCGCAACACCGUUGCCGGCGGUGCCCUCGUCGCCGCUGGUCUCCUCGCCGCCGCCCUCUUCUAAGCGGGCCGACUUGGACUUCAGUAGUAGUCGGUCUAGUGUCGCUGCCUAAUUCCAUGUUCGUAUUCUUGCAGUCGCGCACGACACUGUCCGCUACUCUCCACGAUCAUUCCAGUUUGAUACAGACCCCACAAUCACACAUUCUAGUACAGCGUCGUACCAACGUCGUUCCUUGUUAGUAUGAUGCAGACGUAGCGCAGCA